CAGGAUGCCCCAAGGGGACCUUUGGCCUAAGCUGUAAACAUAGCUGCCAGUGCAAAAAUGGAGCAAUCUGCGACCACAUGAGCGGAGCCUGUACUUGUGCAGCUGGCUGGAUGGGAACCUUUUGUGAGAAAGCUUGUCCAGAUGGCUUUUUUGGGCUGGACUGUCACCAGGUGUGCGACUGCAAGAAUGGAGCUGUCUGCAAUCACAUCGAUGGAACGUGCCAGUGCCUCCCUGGCUGGAUCGGGCCCAGCUGUGAGCAAGCUUGUCACAGUAACACUUACGGACAAAGCUGCCGUCAGCGUUGCAAUUGUAAGAACGCAGCGCUCUGUGACCACAUCACUGGGGCAUGCAUAUGCACAGCAGGUUGGAGAGGACCGGUCUGUCAAGAAGCCUGCCCUCCGGGUCUGUAUGGCAAGGACUGCCUACAGCAUUGCAUCUGUCAAAAUCAGGCUACUUGUGAUCCUGUGACUGGAGAGUGCCUAUGCCGCAAAGGUUGGACCGGAACAGCCUGUGAACUGGAGUGUGAAGCAGGGAAGUAUGAAGAAAGGUGUCAGCAGAACUGCAGCUGUAGCAAUGGUGGAAUUUGUGAUCAUCGUUCUGGGAAAUGCACUUGUCGUCCAGGCUGGAUUGGGGACCAUUGUGAUACUGCUUGUCCAAAUGGUUCCUUUGGGGAGAGGUGUGAGGGGCUGUGUGACUGUGAGCACAGCUCCUCCUGCAACCCCCAGACUGGAAUGUGUCACUGUGAAAAAGGCUGGAGAGGAGAACAGUGUGACAAGCCUUGCCUGCCUGGCUACUAUGGCAGCAAUUGUACUGAGCGCUGCAAAUGCCCUCCAGGUGUCCCUUGCAACCACGUGAGCGGGGAGUGUGGCUGCCCUCCAGGUUUUGUGGGCAGUGGCUGUGAAAGAACUUGUCUGCUAGGCACAUAUGGGGAGAACUGUAACCAAGUAUGUCAGUGCUCUGGAAAGAAUGAAGAGUGCCAUCAUGUCACCGGCAAGUGUGGCUGCCUGCCAGGUUACUACGGAAUCCGCUGUGACCUUCGAUGCCCCAAAGGAACAUAUGGCCCGCAUUGCCGGAAAGCGUGUCAGUGUCUGAAUGGAGGGCAUUGUGACACUGUGACAGGAGCCUGUGACUGCCUGCCUGGUUUCAUCGGAGCGGACUGUGGGAAAACUUGUCCAGAGCAUCACUAUGGGAAGGACUGUGCCUUAUUCUGCUCCUGUGGUAAAGGACGUUGUGACUCGGUGAUGGGCAAGUGCUACUGUCCACCUGGCCGAAUUGGACCCAGCUGCCUUCAAUUGUGUCCCCAGGGAAGAUAUGGCCCCCACUGUCAGCUAAAAUGUUUGUGUAAGAAUGGUGGCAUCUGUGAUCCCGUGAAUGGGACCUGCAUUUGUGGACUUGGCUGGACGGGACGCUACUGCGAGAAAGAAUGUGCUCUUGGAAAAUAUGGCUCUGAUUGUCAGCUAGAUUGCGCUUGUCAGAAUAACGGAACCUGCAACCGGUUUACUGGCUGCUGUCAGUGCACAGAAGGUUAUUACGGACAUUCCUGCAACUACACCUGCCCAUCUGGAUUUUAUGGUCUCAACUGCCAGUAUCCAUGCAACUGUAAAAAUGGAGCCACAUGUCUCCCAGCGACUGGGCUGUGUGUGUGUGCCCCAGGUUUCCAAGGAGUACACUGUGAAAAAGGUUGUCCAGCUGGAAUGUUUGGAGACAAAUGCAAACAUCAUUGUGAAUGUGCAGGAUCAGCUCGGUGUGACCCAGUUACUGGAAAGUGCUUUUGCCCACCUGGCACAACUGGGGACAGGUGUGAUGUUGAAUGUGGGCCAGGCAAAUAUGGCCCCAACUGCUCUCAGCGGUGCCAAUGUGCCAAUAAAUCCCAAUGCAACGUGCGAAAUGGCAAAUGCACUUGUCUCUACAAAUGGAUGGGACCAUCUUGCAAAGAAGGUGGCCCUCCGAAACUUCUGUCUUAUGAAGAACACACUCAAGAGAAAGGGAAUACUUUUUCAAGACUGCCACAACAGGAACACUUGGACUAAUGAAUGAACUGUUUUAUAUGCACAGACGGUAUUUAACUUUGGAAAUGAGAGCUGCUAUUCAUUUCUGCUUGAACUGGACUGGAAAAUUCACACUUCUUUGUGCAGGUCUACAGUAUCCAUUAAGUAGCUGGGUCCCUCUUAAAACUUUUAAACUCUGUUCUGUUUAUUUAUUCUUGACCUCCUCCUGCUUCCUCCUGAUUAAUCCACUCUCGGUAUCCUUUCCAAGUGUCAGUCCUGUGUUUUUAUGCCCACAAAAUGCAGAAAUCUUCUCAUCCCUGUCAUCAACCAACUAAGAUAAAUCAUUACUUGAACAGAAAUAUUCCAAACCCUUGUUUAUUAAAAUAAAUUCCACCAAGAGGAAUCUUUAUAGGCUUUUAAUACUUUUUUUUAAAAAAA